AUGACCUCGUAUGACCGUCAUGCCUCCCACGAUUCUCCCUACCGCACCGGUCGUCACGUCCCCCUCAGUCAAAGCCGCCAUGAACCUCUCACAUCCAUUGCCACCAGCGCGAUCGAGUCCCGCCCCGAUCUCUCCAACCCCUACGACGAUGAACCCGUCAAGGGCUUCUCUGGCGCACAAUCAACCGAGCUGAAUGGCUCCCCGACCGACAUGGGGUCCCCGACCCGCCCUUACUCGCCCGGCAUGCGAUCAUUGGCAUCGCAAAAACGGAGAUCCAACGACCAGCCCGACGGCGCCGGCGAGAUUCAGAUGCAGAGUUUCCACGAUGGCGCGCCGCCGCCUCCACCCGUCGCUCACUCCUGGCGGAAGAUUGAGCGCUGGCUCGAGCACAACUACGAGGAAUUGCUGGAUCAGCUCGGCGAGGGGUGCACCCAGAACGACAUUAACGAAUUAGAACAUGAACUCGACUGCAGUCUCCCCCUGGAAGUGCGCGAGUCCCUGAUGCUCCACGAUGGUCAGGAGCGGCCUGGGUUGCCCACCGGUCUCCUGUUCAGCUCCAUGCUGCUGGACUGCGAGGAAAUUGUGCAAGAGCGAAAGAAUUGGAAGACCGUCAACGAGGAGUUCCUCAGUUCCGCCAUGGUCAACCAGCCCCCUGUGUCCUCAUCCGCCGCCAGUUCAUCGACCGCUCCUGCCCAGCAAACUCCGGGCAUGUGGCGGAAUGAUCUUCUCGAUCGCCAGGACUCACAGCCGCCCGGCGCCGUGCAAAAGGCCUAUGCCCAUCCCGCCUGGAUUCCCUUGGCCCGCGACUGGGGUGGCAACCACCUUGCCAUUGAUCUGGCACCCGGUCCCGCCGGCAAAUGGGGACAAGUCAUUAUCUUCGGUCGCGACUACGACUGCAAAUAUGUGGUUGCCCGUUCUUGGGCUGCUUUCCUCGCUACCUUUGCCGACGAUCUGUGCAGCGGCAAAACCAUGGUGGACGAGGAGACGAACGAGCUGAAGUUGAAGGAGUUCAAGUCGCAAAAUGUCGAGCCUCCAUACCUGGAGAUUCUGCGGUGGAGGACUGACCAGAAGUACGGCCGUCGCCCUCCCCGCCGUCGUGGUCCCAACGGUCUGGGCGUGAAUGCAUCUGGCAAGGGAUCCAACUCCAAGGACUCGCCAUACGGAAGCCCAACUCGCGCCGAGGAACGUGGUCGUUCGCCGCACCGCUUCCCCAACCGCGGUCCCGCCCAGAGCCCCAAGACUCCCUUCGGUGUAUCCAGCCCUCUUGCCCGCGUGACAGAGGAAACCUCUAGCCCUAUCAACACCGCUGGACCAACUAUCUCGGAAGAUCCCAGUGAACAUGGCAAGGAGGAGCAGCAGACAGAGGAUCUAAUGGAGGUUUCGACUCCGCAAAUCUCCAACAAGGAGAAUGAGGGGUUCCCCAGUAAGGCGGAGCAGAAUCCUGAUGCGGACAAGGCAGAAAAGAAGGAAGGUGAAGAGGCAGCAUCCGGAUCCUCGAAUGUGAUUGACUCGGAGGUCCUCGGGGAAAUGAAGAACGUGGCCAUCUAA